AACUGCCCCAUCCAGAUAAGUCUGCUCAGUGUCCAGCCUGCACCAUGGGGUAUAGAACUCUCUGCCUGGCUCUGCUGUUGGCAGUGGCCGGAUCCUAUGCCCAACAAUGCACUCUGAUAACAGCAAGCUUGCUACGUGUAGAUAGUGAAGAGACCAUUGUGGUCGAUUCCCAAGAACACAACUCUCCAUUCGAUGCUGACAUCUACAUCAAGGACUUUCCUCAGAAGAAACUCAAUCUUGCAACAGCCAAAGUCUCAUUGAAUAAUAACAAUGGCUUUCUUGGAACUGCCACAGUGAAGAUUCCCUCUGACCAACUCCCCAAAGACACAAGAAAUAAUCAGUUUGUGUAUGUCGUUGUGAGUUCUGGUUCCUGUACACUAGAGAAAGUUGUGAUGUUGCAGUACAGCAGUGGCUAUAUCUUCAUUCAGACAGAUAAGACUAUCUACACCCCAGGAACUAAAGUUAGGUACCGGGUUUUCUCCAUGAACUAUAAGAUGGCUCCAGUCUCAAAACCAAUGAUCAUCGAAUUUGUGAACCCAGAUGGCAUAAUUGUUUUAAGGAAUUCCAUCCACCCUGCCGGUAAUUCGGGGAUCUUGUCUGAGACACAUAAUCUGCCUGAACUUGUAAGCCUCGGGGUAUGGACUAUCUCAGCAAAGUAUGCAGACACCCCUCAGCAGAAUUACACCAGCAAUUUUGAGGUGAAAGAAUACAUACUGCCCAUAAUAGAAAUAAUUCUGAAACCAGAAAAUAGUUUCUUUUAUACUGAUACUGAGACAUUUACAGUGAAUAUUGAGGCACAGUAUCUGUUUGGGAAGCCGGUGGAAGGACACGCGUUUGUGCUCUUUGGGCUACAGAAGGAUGGCAUAAAGACAGGAAUUACAGAGUCUCUAGCGAGAGUACAGAUUUAUGAAGGUGAAGGUCGGGCUGAGCUGAAAGGGGACCACCUCCGGAAUUAUUUUAAUACGACUGAGGACAUGUUGCAAUACAGGUUAUACAUGACGGUCUCUUUGAUCACUGCAACAGGCACGGACAUGGCAGAGGCUCUGUUAGAGGAGAUCUACAUUGUGACAUCACCUUACAAAGUCUUCUUCACCAAAACCUCCCAAUAUUUCAAGCCUGGAUUGCCUUUUGAUGUGGUGGCAUUUGUAACCAAUCCUGAUGGGUCACCAGCUAAAGGCAUCCCUGUUGUGGCUAAUCUAGAAUAUACUCAACAAGAUGGGAAAAAGAAAAUUUCAGAGGAAAGUUCUGGGGACAGUAAAGCAGAUGGAACCACUAGGCUGACAUUGAACACACCUCCAGGAAUAAAUGAUCUGCUCAUAACUUUGAAAACAGACCAGAAAGGAUUGCUACCCCAGCACCAAGUGACUGCAACCAUGACUCCUACAGCCUACAGUUCAAGGACUGGAAAUUACCUGCACAUCAGCAUCACUGGUUCAGAAAUAGCACUUGGAAAAACUCUCACAAUGAAUUUGUUUUUCAGUGACUCGGAAACUCACAUUCAGAAUCAAAUCCAACAUGUCAGAUUUUUGAUAAUGAGCCGGGGGAGGAUCAUGAAGGUGGGAAGACAGGAACGGUUACCUAAUCAGCAAAUGGUUUCCAUGACUCUGAGGGUCACUGAAGACUACCUACCAUCUUUCCGUAUUGUGGCAUAUUACAUGGUGACAAAGAAUGGAAAACAUGAUAUUGUAUCUGACUCUGCCUGGGUAGAUGUGUUAGAUACCUGCAUGGGUACGUUGGAGGUAACAGGAUUAAGGGAUAAAGACAACGCAAUCCAAAAACUGCCUGCAACUGUGCAGCUGAAACUCAGAGCCGACCACAAAGCCAACGUGGGGCUCGUGGUGGUGGACAAAGGUGUCUUCGUGCUGAACAAGAAGUUUAAACUCACUCAGAGUAAGAUAUGGGAUUCAGUGGAAAAGUCAGACAUUGGAUGUACCCCCGGAAGCGGUGCUGACAGCCCUGGGGUCUUUUAUGAUGCUGGUCUUUCUCUACACACCUCUUUUGGUAUUACGUCCAAUCAAAGGAUAGAGCCUCAUUGUAAAAUUCCCGGGCAGCGCAAACGUCGUUCAACUGCUGCGCUCAUUGAGAUUAAAACCGGCAAAGCCUCAAACUACAAGGAAAAGGCAAAGAAGUGCUGCCUGGAUGGAAUGCAGGAGAACCUGAUGGGCCACACCUGUGACCGACGUGCCCGCUACAUCUUGGAUGGCAUGGAAUGUGUGGAUGCUUUCCUGGACUGCUGCAAAUACUACGAGAAGAAGAAAGAAGAGGAGAGGAAAAGUAAAGAUGAGGAUACUCUGGCAAGAAGUGAAGAGGAGUCUGAUUACAUUCUUGAAUCUGAAAUUGACGUCAGGUCGGAAUUUCCAGAGAGCUGGCGAUGGGAUGUUUUCCAAAUGAGAGAAGAACCAGAUAAACAGAACAUUUCGACCAAGAUCAUAAAGUUGAGCCUGAAAGACUCUAUCACAACCUGGGAGAUUCUGACUGUUAGUUUGUCUGAAAACAAAGGUCUGUGUGUGGCUCCUCCCCACGAGAUUAAGGCAAUGAAGGAAUUCUUUAUCGAUCUAAAACUGCCUUAUUCUGUUGUGAGGAACGAGCAGGUGGAGAUUCGAGCCGUUAUCUACAACUAUAACAGCAACAGGGUGAAGGUGCGGGUGGAGUUCAGCUACAAUCCAGAGUUCUGCAGUCUGUCCAAAGCCAAGAAGAAGUUCCAGCAGGAGGUUUGGGUUGGUGCUGAAUCCUCUACUGCUGUUCCCUUUGUCAUUGUGCCACUCACCAUUGGACAUCAUGAUGUAGAAGUAAAGGCAGCAGUCUAUAGGCAUUUCUUUUCAGAUGGUGUCCGUAAAACGCUUAAAGUUGUGCCUGAAGGAGUGCUUCUUUCAAAAACAUUGACUUCUGUGAUUUUAGAACCAGAGGUAGUAGGAAAAGAUGGGGUCCAAGAAGUGAAAAUUGGAGCACUGACUGCACUGAAUAUUGUUCCCAAGUCGGACAUUGACAUUAAAGUCAUUUUACAAGGGUCUCCAAUCAGUCAGCUGGUGGAGAAUGCCAUUGAUGGCAACAAUCUGCAUCAUUUGAUUCAAUUGCCACACGGGUGUGGAGAGCAGAACAUGAUGAGAAUGACUACUAACGUCAUCACUACUCGCUAUCUUGAUGCCACCGGACAGUGGCAUCGAGUUGGAUUGGACCACCGAGACACAGCCAUCAAAAACAUUAAAGACGGUUUUCAGAAGGAGCUGGCUUAUCGGAAACCCGGUGGCUCCUUUGCAGUAUUCCCAGACAGACCACCCAGCACGUGGCUCACAGCUUAUGUUGCUAAAGUAUUUGCCAUGGCCCAGGAAUAUGCAGAUAUCAGUGAACAUGAUCUAUGUGAUACAAUCAAGUGGCUGGAGAAAAAUAUGAAAAAUGGAAUGUUCAUAGAGAAGGAACGUGUUCUUCAUCAGGAGAUGGUGGGGGGGAAUAAGGCUGGAGCAGAAGAAAUAAAUGAAGCCCUCACAGCCUUUGUGCUCAUCGCUUUGCUAGAGAGUCGGGAGACUUGUACUGAACAACUCACCAGCCUGAAAGAAUCUAUUAACAAUGCCAACAACUUCCUGACAAGUAAAUAUUCUAAACUGCGCAAACCCUAUUCAAUUGCAAUCACAUCCUAUGCACUUGCACUGGCCGGGAAGCUCCAGGACACACAGAUACUACUGAAGGCAUCAACAGAUAACAGUCAUUGGGAUGAGCCAGAUUCUUUUUUUAUCACCCUGGAGGCCACAUCGUACGCUCUUCUGACCCUCCUUAAAAUGAAGGAGCAUGAUCCAACCAGGGCCAUAGUGCGUUGGCUAAAUGAGAAGAGAUAUUAUGGAGCGGUUUUUGAUUCCACACAAGCUACCAUUAUAAUGUUCCAAGCUCUAGCUCAGUAUCAAAUAGAUGUGCCUGGAGUCAAUGACUUGGAGCUGGACGUAUCCCUCUACCUCCCUGAGAAACAAAACCCUAUAAAUGUCCGGAUCGAUCUUGAAAAUGCUUUACUGGCACGUUCUGCCGAGACCAAGAUAAAUAAAGACUUUGUGGUCAAGGCUGCUGGCAAGGGACAGGCUCUUCUGACAGUGGUGUCUGUGUAUCACAGCCUUGAAACGGAGAAGCAAAUGAAAUGUAAUAACUUUGAUCUCUCUGUGAAAGUGAAGGAAGAGAAAGAUGUUCCGCUCCCUGAUGGUGUUUUUGCUGUGGUGUCUAUGGAAGUCUGUGCGAGAUAUCUCAAAGAUUCUGAUGCCACCAUGUCCAUAAUUGAUAUUUCAAUGAUGACCGGCUUCUCUCCUGAUACUGAAUCCCUUAAGAAGCUAAUGAAAGGAGUGGACAAAUACAUCUCCAAGUAUGAAAUCAACAAAGAAGCAAAGGAAAGGGGAACCCUUAUUCUAUAUUUAGAUAAGAUUUCUCAUGCUGAGCCAGAGUGUGUGAAGUUUUAUGCUCACCAGUAUUUUGAGGUGGGUCUCGUUCAACCUGCUUCUGUGACAGUGUAUGACUAUUAUACUCCAGAGAACCGCUGCACAAAAUUUUACCACAUUGAUGAGAACAGUGCUCUGUUUGGCAAGAUUUGUCAGGGAGAAGUGUGUCGCUGUGCAGAGGAGAACUGUUUCCUGCAGCAGCAAAUAGAGGAUGAAGUCACAGCCAAAAAGAGAAUGGAAAUGGCAUGUGCGCCGGGUGUGGAUUACGUCUACAAGGCUAACGUCAAGGAGAUACAGUACAAUGACAACUACGACAACUAUGUGCUGACAAUUGUGACAGUGGUUAAGGAAGGUACAGAUGAAGUUGGUGAGGGUAAGGAACGUAAUUUCAUCAGCCACAUCAAAUGUCGAAAAGCUUUAGACCUUAAGGUUGGCAAAGAUUACUUAAUCUGGGGUAUAACCGAUGACCUUUGGAGACAACCAGAUGGGUAUUCCUAUAUCAUUGGUAAAGAUACAUGGAUUGAGUGGUGGCCCAGUGGGAGGGACUGUCAGCAAGAUGAGAACCAAGAUAUGUGUGAUACAUUUGAUGACCUGUCUGAAAUCAUGGUGCUUAUUGGCUGCUCCCACUGAAAGGAACUGAUUUGGACCCUUUUACAGAAUUUUUCUAUGAAUCAGAUGUUUCAUUUUGUAAAUUCUCUGUCCAUCUUACAUAUUCACUACUAAUAAAGACUUUAUCUUUUU